UUUAUUCCUGUUCAAGUGCUAAUGAUAUAGUUGACUCAAAUCCUUCACUUAAAAUGGCAAAAACUGCAUUACGUCUUGGAAAAAAUGUGAAGGCCAGAAAAAAAGCGAAAACAGCACUUACUGAUCGAAAAAAUCAUCAGAAUGCUGCUCGAAAUCAAACAAAUAACCGAGGAGCCAAACAAAAAGGAGCUAAGACCACCAGUAACAAGGGCAAUACUAAACGACAGAGUCCGAAUAAGAAGAGUAAACCACACCCGACGAAACAAAGUCGUAAAGAUUCAAAACUUCGAAAUAAAAAAUCAGAAAAUCCAAAAUCAAAACCGAAUAAGAAAUCAUCCUGAGAAUGAACUACAAUUCAAAUACACGGGUUAAAAAAGAAACCUGUCUUCAAAUUUUACCAAAA